GCCGCAGAGGACGCUGGGAAAUGCAGUCUGAUCCUCUUCUCCGGCUGCGGUCUUCCCGUUGGCCUCCCGUCGCUCGUGAGGGGGGCGUGUUCGUUUGGUUCUGUCUGGUCGAGCUGCUGCGGCUUCCGCUCUCUGGCGUCACACAUGUAGCACAACAUGGCCCCUGCCAGCCGGGCUGUUGUUGUGGUAGCGCUCUCACUACUGUACCUGUCUCGGGCCAUCUUCUCCUCCGAGUAUUUUUCCACUCUCACUCUGUUCAACAAUGAGCUCCACAAGCAGGGAUGCAGCUCGCUGUCCGAGUGGGAAGAGUACGCGGCGGACUGCGAAUCCUCAAUUUUACAGUUGGAGGACCCAGACUGCGAGGAGGGAAGCAACCCGCCCUGCGAGUCAGUUUUCUCACUUAAUGCAGAGAAGAUCCUGAACCAGGCCAAGCUGUUUAUAGAACAGAAAAAAAUCCCCUUCCCUGUAGAUAACCACAACACAAAUGAAGAACUUGCUAUAGGCUACGUUCUGAUAGGCAACGGUCUUUACGAUGAAUCCAUCAAACACUUCUCGCUCUUAUUACAGGGCGACCCGGAGCUGGUCAGUGCCAUCUAUGGGAGAGGGAUAGCUUAUGGGAAGAAAAGUCUACAGGACAUAAAGAAUGCUGACUUGGCGUUGUACGAGCUCAACCGAGUCAUCACUCUGGAGCCCAACUGGCCAGAGGUCUAUGAACAGAGAGCAGAGAUCCUGUCUCCUCUGGGUCGUAUCAGCGAGGCUCUGGCCGAUCUGACCAAAGCCAUCCAGCUGCAGCCGUCGGCCCGUCUCUACAGACACAGAGGAACGCUGCUCUUCAUCUCAGAGGACUAUGUGGCAGCUAUGGAAGACUUUCAGCAGUCCUUAGAGCUGAAGAAGAAUCAGCCCAUCGCGAUGCUUUAUAAAGGCCUCACUUUCUUCCACAGAGGCAUGCUCAAAGAAGCCAUUGAGACAUUCAAAGAGGCCCUGAAGUUGAAGUCUGACUUCAUAGAUGCCUAUAAGAGCCUCGGACAGGCCUACAGAGAGCUGGGGGAUUUUGAGUCAGCGAUGGAGAGCUUCCAGAAAGCCCUCAUGCUGAACCAGAACCACAUCCAGUCUCUCCAGCUCCGAGGCAUGAUGCUGUACCACCACGGCUCGCUGCAGGAGGCUAUAGGCAACUUCAAGAGGUGUCUUCAGUUGGAGCCCUACAACGAGGUGUGUCAGUACAUGAAGGGGUUAAGUCAUGUGGCGAUGGGACAGUUCUACGAGGGCAUCAAAGCUCAGACUAAAGUCAUGUUGAACGACCCACUGCUGGGACAGAAGGCCAGUUCUGAAUACCUCAAAGUGAAAUACCUCAGAGAGUACUCUCGCUACCUGCACUCCCACCUUGAUAUUCCGGUAGCAGAGUACAACGUGGACCAGGACUUACCGGGGAACUUUAAAAACCACUGGGCCAAAAACCUGCCUUUUCUAAUAGAAGACUAUGAAGAACAGCCGGGCCUGCAGCCUCAUAUCAAGGACGUGCUGCCUCAAAAUUUUGACAGCUACAGCAGUGAAGUCCAAAAGCUGAUCUGCACAGCUGACCACUUGGGGGCGCUAAUGCAAUACGACACUCCUGGUUUCUUACCCAACAGGAGAAUACACAGAGCCAUGGGUUUAGCGACCCUGGAGGUGAUGCAGGCUAUGCAUCGGACGUGGAGCAACUCCAAAGUACGAGUCAACGGCAAGACCAGACAAAUGCAGUGGAGAGACAUGUUUGACAUAGCUGUUAAAUGGAGGAGGAUCGCAGAUCCAGACCAGCCAGUCCUGUGGUUAGACCAGAUGCCCGCCAGGAGCCUCAGCCGAGGCUUCAACAAUCAUAUCAACCUCAUCAGGGGACAGAUUAUCAACAUCAGAUACUUGGCAUACUUUGACAACAUCCUCGACUUCAUCAAAGACAGAAUACUGGUGUACCACGGGGCUUACAACCCCAGAGGACUCUUAGAAGUCCGUCAGGCACUUGAAAAUGUGAAUAAAGUAGAAGAUCUGCUUCCUAUAAUGAAGUUCAACAGUAAAACCAGAGAUGGCUUCACGGUCAACUCCAAAGUGCCGAGCAUGAAGGAUCCUGGGAAAGAGUACGACGGUUUUACCAUCACCAUCACUGGAGACAGGGUGGGCAACAUGUUAUUCUCAGUAGAGACGCAGACGACAGAAGAGCGGACGCAGCAGUACCAGUCAGAGGUGGAGUCCAUCUACAAAGACCUCACUGCCAAAGGAAAGGCAUUAAUGCUGUCUACUGAACUCGGGGAUGCAGAUGCUGUGUGUAACCUGAUCCUCUCCUUGGUUUAUUACUUCUGCAACCUCAUGCCCCUCUCAAGAGGGUCCAGUGUGGUGGCGUACUCGGUCGUGAUGGGAGCACUGAUGGCCAGUGGGAAAGAGGUCAUCGGCAGGAUCCCGAAAGGAAAGCUGGUAGACUUUGAAGCCAUGACCACACCCAGCCCAGACAGCUUCAGUAAAACUGCCAAGAGCUGGAUGAACCUCAAGAGUUUGCCAGGCUGGUACCAGAGCCUUCCAUCCGUAGCAGAGACAUUCCCGUCAACCAGAACAAUGAUCGAAGUCCUCAACACAGACUCGUCUUCACACUGUCCAAAGAAGUCCUAACAAGACUUCUGCACAGUAGACGAGUCGGGUUUAAUAAAGUCUUAAAAUGGAGCUUAAACACUGGGGAGAACAAAGGGAUUGUCUUCUUCUGCAGCCCAAACACUGAUUGAGUCAGUUCUCCAAAAGCAUCUGAGCCGUCAUGAUUAUUAUUUCAAUUUAAAGACGGAUAAUCAAAAGUGUUACUUGGCACAUUUAGGGGGCAGGGAGGUGAGCUGGUUUGUGAAAAACUACAAUUAAUGGAUGAAGGUUCUCAGUCGGCAAGGACAUGGUAAUUCUAAGUGCUUUAUCACAGGCAACUUGACUUGUUUGAGUCUCAAGAGGUUUGGAGAGUUUGGAGAGGUGAAACGUCUUCAAGACACUGAAAUGAGUCCAGUAGCCUACGAUAAAGCACUGUAGAAUUACAGUUAAUCUUAUUCUGAUGUCAGAUCAACCCUCCAAAUCCUGCUCGUUUCUCCGUCAUCCUCCCUUAAAUACUCCCUCACACGUGGCUCUGAACAACACAUUUGUGAACGUUUGACCCAUAUAAGACAAAAAAAAAAGCAACAACCAUUAAGACAUUUGAGGUUUUAUGGAAACCAAGAACAGCCAUCCUUAUAUUUUUUUCAAUUGCUGUUCUUAAGUACAAUUGUGAGGUACUUCUACUUCUACUACUCACCCUCCAUUACAUUUCGUGUGAGAGAUUAUUGCAUCAGAGGCAAAGAAGCACAUUUUUGAAUUGGUAUAUUUUAUCUGUUAUCUGAUGGAAACAUCACAGAUACUGACCAUCAAAAAAAUACUGAAUGUCUGCCCCAAUAGUCGAUCUGCCCCCAAAUGAGAUAAAUCACCCCGUUAUCACAACAAAAACAAGAUAGCAAAAAAGUUAGCUCAUCAUCUCGGCAUGAACAAAAUGAGAAUAAUAACAUGGCUGUUCUUGGCUUCCGUACAAUCUGCACAACUAAAAAAUACAUUUUAAUAAUAGACUUUCAGCUCACAGAACACAUUUAGUCAAAGUUUGUAAUAAUUUAAAUUACAGUAUUGAAUCAGUUUUUUGAUCAGACAGGAGAAACUCAGACAUUUUAAUGCUUGCGACAACACCACCUUGAAUUCGUCCUAGUAUUUCCACACCGGAGCUGUUUGGGGAAGACGACGGAGAACACCGGUGCCACAGUUUGGGAUGCAGAAGUGAUUCUUUCCACCCUCUUUUUCUCUGCUUUAUAGGGCUCACACUCAAAUACCCAAAGCACAAAGUCCAUCUCAUGAACCAUCAGCAUGAACUAUCUUAUGUUGUAUCUUCAUGGUUAAAAUCCGAGCUUUAGAUCACCUUUUAAAUUUAGAUUUGUUAAGUUUUGGAUCACUGGUAUGACAAAAAGUUUUCAUUUAACAUUUUAAGAUUAUUUUUGAACCACUGUUGUGCUCACACAGUCCGGCCUAUCAGCAGAGAGGAGGUUUGGGGAUUUGAACAAAUACGAAACGAGAACUUUCAGGGCUAUUGAAUUCCACUUGGGAUACUUGAAGCAGUCUCUUCUAUUUAGUUUUCUUGACGCUCACAGGAAGUGUCUCUUCUCUUACCGGGGACUGAACCCCGCUUUCUUUUGAUGUGACCAAUAGAGGGGCUGGUAUGAAGAUGGCUGGCUGCUGAACUGACGCGUGAGGAACAGUCAGAGAUUUAAGAGACUUUUCGGAGAGCGACUAGUUAUUUUUUGUGACAUUUUGUCAAACAGAGCUGAAAAGAUUUGUCAGUUGAUGGACAACAUAUUUUAAGAUUUAAGUAUUUAAUUUCUUUUACAUUUACAGUUUAACACAGCAGAGAAGAAUGAUCAUUAAUACAAAAUCAAUAUUAAACAGCUGAUUGGAAUUGAGAAGAUGCAAAGCAGUACUGUUAUUCUAUUAUUCUGUAUUUAAUGUAAUUGGACCUUUUGUCAUAUAAUAAGUGAUAAUCCAAACAUGAGAAAUAGAAAUAAAGCCUCCAGAAUAUUCUCUGACAUCUCUGACUGUUGAGGGUUGGUUAUCGAUGAGGGGAAAGCACACCACACACUGUUAUUUUCCUCAGCUAUCAUUCCUUUUAGCUUGCAUUUGAUAACAUCUGUGUCAGAUUUUCUUUACAUUCUGUUAUGAUCUCAUGGAUUACAUUUUGUGCGUAUGAGCCGUUCGUCGAGACACCGCACAGCAGUAGUUUAGUUCGGAAGAGCUCACAUCCCCCCAAACUUCUUAACCAUCAAACACUCUCACAGCCUAAUUCUGUCAAGCUCACAGAGAUCUGGAGAACCCAAUUGGACCAGCGGACAUUUACUUGGCAGUUUUCUGUUUGGUAUUCUCUAUAGUGAAUGUUUACUAGUUAAAAAGUAGUCGACAAGAUUGAGCGCUGGCAAAACUUCCAUGGAAGUCUAACACGCACAGAUUCAAAUCACAAAGCUGCUCUUGUUUUACGUUGUUCAUAAUUGUUCUAACCUGGCCAAAGGGUGAUUCACAUGAGGGAACUUACUGGGAUGUGAUGUUUACAUGCAGCGACCAGAUGAAACAAAAUACCUGAGUGAGUGACACUAGUGACCAUUAGUGUGUAUGCGACUGCUGCCUGUGUUUUCUUUUUCUUUUUUUUUUUAAAAUGACUCUUCAAUGUUGGUUUAAGCACAAGUAGAAAAAUCACCUGGUAUGAUCUGAACGUUUUCAAACUUUGGAACAAAUGUCAACAGUUUUCUUUCUCUUUAAUGAAUCAGAGGCCUUUAAUGAUAAAGCAUCAUCACUGAUAGUCGUGUAAAUGCUGCCGAAUUUCUUAAUUGAAUGUCCAAUCUUUAGUUUAAACGAUUUCCAGGAAGUAAGAACAAGCUGAUCUGUUCGGCGGCAUAUCCACUUUUUGUUUCCUGCAUUUCUUGUGUCGUUUUUUUUUUUUCCUUCACAUCAAUGAUUGUGCUGACUGGUCAUCAUUUUUCUUUCUUGCACUGGGUGACCCGGUCAUUAAGUGCUAUGGUGGGCUUCAGAGCUUAAAACUUGAAGGAGGGAAUGUUUUAUUGAAUGAGUGACUGAAUGUUCAGCAGUCAAUAAAAUCUGGUUGACAAUUUUAA